GCAUACUUCCGGUAGAUAAAGACAAAACCAGCUAGAGAAGCAGCUCAGCUGUGAGAAGAGGGCGGAUUGUCGACGAGGUGAGGGGAGGUGUCCAGCCAUCGUUUAACACGAAGAGCGAAGACUCCUGCCGCAGCAGACGAGCAGUGACACCGAGCCAUGGUGAAGAUCAGCUUCCAGUCUGUCGCGGGACAGAAAGUGGAAAAGGAGAGUGAUGGCGACAAGACCGAGAUUCUCAUUCCUCACCGGAUGGAUGAGGAGGAGCUGGUCUUGCCGCUGCGGCCCAAGAAGUCUCCCCUCAACGGCCUGUGCUGCCUGACAUUUGGGCUGGUUGUCUUCAUGGCUGGUUUGGUCCUUGCCUCCAUCUAUGUGUACCGCUACUACUUUAUACCUCAUAUGCCAGAGGAAAACCUGUUCCACUGCCGGGUGCUUUAUGAAGACUCUGUGUAUGCCCCCCUUCGUGGGCGUCAGGAGCUGGAGGAAAAUGUCGGCAUAUACUUGGCUGACAACUAUGAGAAGAUCACUGUGCCCGUGCCUCACUUUGGAGGCAGCGACCCUGCUGAUAUAAUCCACGACUUCCACAGGGGACUGACCGCCUACCAUGACAUUGCUCUGGAUAAGUGCUAUGUUAUUGAGCUCAACACCACCAUUGUGAUGCCGCCACGGAACCUGUGGGAGCUUCUCAUCAAUGUCAAGAAGGGAACAUACUUGCCUCAGACCUACAUCAUCCAUGAGGAGAUGAUGGUGACUGGCAAAGUGCACAAUAUACAUCAGCUGGGACCCUUCAUCUCUCGUCUGUGCAACGGGAAGGAUACCUACCGCCUGAAACGCCGUGUCACCCACAGACGCAUCAGCAAGCGCGAGGCCAGUGACUGCAACCAUAUCCGUCAUUUGGAAAAUACUUUUGUGGUGGAGACGAUUAUCUGCAAUGAAGCGUAAACACGAUGGUAGUUUGUGUCGUCCCACCACCUACAAAAAAAGCACAUCUCCUGUCACUUCCUCAGCCACUGUAGCACCCUCUUGUGGAUCUGAUCACGUCUGAGUUGCACUUUACCUGUGAUGUUGGUUUGAUGUUCUUUGUAAAAGAAGUGGAUUUUUUUUUUUUUACAAUUUCACAAAGAAGAUUUGUUUUUAAUAAUUUCACUACCUGCCUAUUCAUUCUCUUUCCUGUAGGUUUGUUUUUUUCCUGGAGUGUGAUGCAAUACUAAGCUAUCUAGGUUCUAUCAUAGGAUUUUCCUUGUAGCAAAGUUCUUAAGCCAACAAUGAAUUAUAAUUUCAAGACUUUUCCUGUGUCUCAUUAGGGAUCUGUGUUAUUGGUUACUGUUGUUGGGUGAGAUCACUGUCUCCAUGUGUUGUCAAGGUGACUGUGGUUUUGUUUUUCCCCCUGCUCUUGAGCUUAGUUAGUGACAUUGUGUUACUUCUACUAACACAUUCAUCUGGGCAGAGCAUGAAGCCUUGUAGAUUUAAAUAAUCAUUCAUUUUUCUCAUGGUCUUUGUAAUGUAAACAUGUAACUGCUGAUGACUAGCUGCUUGCUUAAUCCUCUUGCCUGCCAGUUGUUUCCUUCCUCCCCUUUCUGCUUUUCACUUUCUUCUCAAGAAGCAUCAUUUCACAGUUGAGCUUAAAGACGGUUACACUGGGCAUUAGACUUCAUUGUUUGUUAAUUAAAAAGAGUGAAGACCUGUUUAUUUCUGAUGCUCUCAUUUAUCAUCAGCUUUUCUCUUUUACCGAGCUUCAUCGCUGUAUUUGUGAAUCAUUUUACAAUAAUGUCUUUGCUUUCCCUUGCAUGUGUUUAUCUAUAAAAGAAAAGCGGCAUUGUUAGAUUGUUUUGUAAAACAAUGUUUAAAGCCUUAGUCCAGAGUCAGAGACUGGACUAAAGUUAGUACUACUGAAAGGGAGCAUAUUAUAUGAUAUGGUAGUUAAACAAAGCCAAUUUUAAUCUGUAUAUUUCGUCUGCAAAUGAAAUAUGUCUGUGAAUAAAGUAGUGACAAAAUGUA